CCAGGCUCAAACUUACCUUUCAGACUCCCCAACAGUCCCGCACGUCACACCUCCUCACCCCUUCUGCUCCGUCAGGAUGCCACUCCCUCCUCUUCAAGUGGUCUACGUAUCCAUAUCCCAACUAUCUCCACCGCAUCACAGUGCAAACAACCGGACUUGCAGAGAUCACCAAUCUCGCCCACAUACAAGAUUUCCCGGUGGGGACAUCACCGCCAGGAACCACCGUUCAUACCUGUAGACCCCUUCAACCAGGGACUAGAUAUCGAACAGAAACCAAUUUGUAAAUAUGGGGCGAGGGAUUGUCUCACAAAUAUGCUCAGGCAGGCAUAUCUGCUCUUGAUGCUGGGGCUUCCCUCCUUGUACUUCUCGAGGAUUGCAAGGGUCUUCGAAGAAGCCGAAGUUAGUCAGCCCAAUAUCGACAGGUUGAUCCGUGCAUGCCAAGCCAAUCAGGAUCGGCAUGCGAGGAUGAGCCCCAUCCCACAGAUGGCCAAUGUAUAUCGUCACGAUCAUGGUCUACCGUUUUCAGAUGACUGGACAACGGGAAAUGAGAGUCAGCAGCUGAUCAGAUUCAAAAAUUCAUGGGAGUCGUUCAUUGAUUCUCUCCUCCGAGAAUGGAAGAUGCUCAACCUCGUCUCCGCACUGUUACUGUCAGCCACCCUGUCUAUGUUCACGAACCAAGAAAUUGCCUGCAACCCCGCCAUAUGCUCCAUGGCACUGCUCUCGCUUACCUUCGCACUCAUGUCCCUCUCAUACGGGUGCAUAUACAUCGUCCGAUUUGCGACCAUGAAAAGCAUGUAUAAGGCCACAAGGUGGGCGCAAGAAGUGCAGGGAACAAGUACAAAUAUACUUUGGAACGUCUGGAUAAUGCUGGCAUUGCCUGGGGUGUGGUUGGCUUGGUCCAUGAUCCUUUUUAUUGCCUCUAUCCUCGUGUUCGUAUGGCGCUCCAGAUCCACAACUGAUCCAUCUACUCCUUCCUCACUCCCCCCAACCGAAGCGUACACUACUAAGACGUUUGUUUCAUUCUUUUUCUUCAUGGGCGGCAUCUAUUUUAGCGCCAUCGUGAACACGUUACACGGAUACGGGAGGGUAAAGGCAGGGGAAGCGGUGGCAGAGGCGGCAGCGAGGGAAACGAGAGAUCCCAUAAGAGAAAGAAGAGAAAGCAGAGAU